CCACGGGCGGAGCCAGCCAGCCGCUGGCCUGAAGCCUCCCUUCAGUCUGGCUGGCUGCUGGUCCUGUCAUCGGUCUGGGUGUGGUUUUUGCAGCAGGGGUACCGUUAGCAGGAAACCAGGCUCCAGUCCGUUUGACUUAAAGGCGAAACAAAGAGAGUCUCUCCCCGGAGCUUAGGGUUGAUAACAGCGCUUAGAAGUCGAGAGAAAAGUGCCGUUUUUGUCCUCGCGAAGGGAGGGCAUUGUGCUGAUGGGAAAAAAGUUUUCUGCUCAACUACACGUCUGAUUUAACAACUUUUUUAAAGCCUGCGUCGGACCUAAAAGAAGGGAAAGAUGCCGAAAACGAUCAGCGUACGAGUCACCACGAUGGAUGCGGAGCUGGAGUUCGCCAUUCAGCCCAACACAACAGGGAAGCAGCUCUUUGACCAGGUGGUGAAGACCAUUGGGCUGCGAGAGGUUUGGUACUUUGGGCUCCAGUACCAAGACACAAAGGGUUUCUCCACAUGGCUGAAGCUUAAUAAGAAGGUGACAGCCCAGGAUGUGAGGAAGGAAAGCCCGCUGCUGUUUAAAUUCCGUGCCAAGUUCUUCCCUGAGGAUGUUUCGGAGGAGUUAAUUCAGGAAGCCACGCAGCGGCUCUUCUUCCUGCAGGUGAAGGAAGCCAUCCUAAAUGACGACAUCUACUGCCCCCCAGAGACGGCCGUGCUCCUGGCCUCCUACGCCGUGCAGGCCAAGUUCGCCGACUACAACAAAGAGGUCCACACACCAGGUUAUCUCCACAGUGAAAACCUGCUUCCUCAGAGAGUUCUGGAUCAGCACAAGCUCAACAAGGAGCAGUGGGAGGAGAGGAUUCAGGUUUGGCAUGAAGAACACAAAGGAACAAUGAGAGAGGAGUCCAUGAUGGAGUAUCUGAAGAUCGCACAGGAUCUGGAAAUGUACGGAGUCAACUACUUCAACAUCAAGAACAAGAAAGGGACGGAGCUGUGGCUGGGCGUGGACGCGCUCGGCCUCAACAUUUACGAACAGAACGACAAAAUGACUCCCAAAAUCGGAUUCCCUUGGAGCGAAAUAAGGAACAUUUCCUUCAACGACAAGAAGUUUGUCAUCAAACCAAUUGACAAAAAAGCACCAGACUUUGUGUUCUAUGCUCCAAGACUGCGCAUCAACAAACGUAUUCUGGCGCUGUGUAUGGGCAACCACGAGCUGUACAUGCGCCGCCGCAAGCCAGACACCAUCGAAGUGCAGCAGAUGAAGGCUCAGGCUCGGGAGGAGAAGAACCUCAAGAAGAUGGAGCGAGCUCUGCUGGAGAAUGAGAAGAGGAAACGAGAGGUUGCGGAAAAAGAGAAAGAGAAGAUUGAAAAAGAAAAGGAGGAAUUGAUGGAAAGAUUAAAGCAGAUCGAAGAGCAGACGAAAAGAGCCCAACAAGAGCUGGAGGAGCAGACGCACCGGGCUCUGGAGCUGGAGCAGGAGAGGAAACGAGCUCAGGUGGAGGCCGAGCGUCUGGAGGCUGAACUGAAGGGCGCCGAGGAGGCUAAGAUGGCUCUGCUGCAGCAGUCAGAGAAUCAAAUGAAAAACCAAGAGCAUCUGGCCACUGAGUUGGCUGAUCUGACGUCAAAGAUUUCCCUGCUGGAGGACGCCAAGAAGAAGAAGGAAGAAGAGGCCACGGAGUGGCAGCAGAAGGCUACCUCAGUGCAGGAGGACCUGGAGAAAACCAAAGAAGAGCUGAAGAACAAAGUGCUGGCGGUCCAGGAGCCCGUCAACACAGAGAACGAGCACGAUGAGAACGAUGAGAGCAGCGCCGAGGCCAGCGCCGAGUUCGGGGUGGCCGCCUCCUACAAGGACCGCAGCGAAGAGGAGAGGAUGACUGAGGCUGAGAAGAACGAACGCCUGCAGAAACAUCUACUGGCUCUGAGCUCGGAGCUGGCCAAUGCUCGGGACGAGACCAAGAAGACGGUGAACGACAUGAUCCACGCGGAGAACAUGAAAGCAGGACGCGACAAGUACAAGACCCUCCGACAGAUCCGGUCAGGAAACACCAAACAGCGCAUUGAUGAGUUUGAGUGCAUGUGAUGCGUUUGCCCCGCCCAUCGGCCCGCUCAUCCGGCGCCUUGCUGCCUGGACUGCUGUCCUGCCUCACUCCAGCUGUUUCUCUCUCUGUACCCAAAACAAAUCAGCUCAGCGACAUACGGCGACUGCAACAGCACAGCGUUAAGAUGCAGAUCUGGAAAAUUCCAAUUCCUCUUUCUAAAUUCGAUCUUAGGCGAGUCACUGGUUGAAAAGGGACAAACUGUGUGUUGGUAGAACAUUCCUUUAUGUAGCACGUUAGCUAAAGGCUCUUUAUGACACGAUGAGCAGGAAAACCUUUAGUUUCUUUAUGUUUUUGUCGCUGUUCUGUGUCGCGUUUUUAAAACAGAAGACUCUAAAUUUGGCACAAUUAAAACCAAACUGGUUCCGACGCAUUUCUGCUGUAAACGGUUUCACACAGCGCCUUUCCUCCCUGCAAUAUGAUUCUGAGGAGGAAUAUUUGAGCAGUAUUACGUUUUUAAUUAUUUUCCAGCGUUCUGUUACAGAUCAGACAGUAUUUACAAUCUACUCCGUGUGCAAAUAUGAAGGUUUUCUAACUAAUGAAGGUCCUCCAACAAAUCCUCAUUUAUAGACGGAACUGACUUUCCUUUUGGUGUUUAGUUUCACAAUAUUCCAUCCACCUCUAGUCCAAAUAGGAUUAAAAAACAUCCUGUACAUCUGGUGUCAUUAAAAAUGUGUUUAGAGCUGCGAAACGCUGAAGAAAUUAGGCUAAAUAACCUUCAGUUGUCAUUUUGUCGCCAAAUUUGAACGUUUGAAUUCAGAAGUUAUUUAAUUUAAAGUAGCAGCAUUUGAUUUGAUAGUAGUGCAUGUUAAAGCUUCUGCGGUUAAUUCAGAGGAUGUUUUGAAUAGUUUAUUAAUAGUAAACUGAAUUACUGUAAUUGUAGUAGUUAAUCGGUUAAUUAGCUUCAUUUCUUUAGACAUGCACUGGAAAGUUACAGGUUACUUGAAAAUUAGUCAAAUCUUUCUUCCAUUUCUGUGUGCAUUUUUUAUUUGACAUACUGUAUGUAUUUAAUUUAGUUUAUUUCAUAAUUGGGAUUUUACAGUUGUGGUAAAUUAUGUGUAAUAAUAAAAAGGACGUCUCUGAGGUAUUUUUGUAUGAUAAAAUUCCAAUUCUUUUGUCAUAAAUAAUUAAAAAAAAUAAAAAUGAGGAGUGUUUUAGCUGGUAAGGGUCAGAGAGACAGCAGGCUGAAGAAAUAAAGAUGUGUGUUGUGCCAUAAAUAGAAAUAAUUAAAUGUUUUGUUUAAAAAGAAAAAUUCUCUGGUGCCAUUCUUCCAAAUUCCCUUUUAGUAUCGAGUCAUGUGAAGGAGUUCCUACAUGUCAUAGAUUGUUUUGAAAUAAAAAAAAAUGUAUUUAGACUAUUUUGCAAAGGCCAAACUGUAUUUUAGUGGAUAUUUCUGCUAAUUUCCUUUCUGAUGUCUUUAAAUGAACAUUUGUACCAGGAUGAUCCGACUUCCUUCUUUUCUACAUGUACUUCUUAUAUCUGCCAUGAAUGUUGCUGCACAGUGUUUUCAACCUGAAGCGUCACUUAUUAGCAUCACAAUCGGAACAAAUCACCAUUGAAGCUGCUUGUAUCUCGUCUCGAGUCAAACAGGACUGAACGAUUGUAAACUGACAAGACAGUGCCUUUGCCCGGGUUAUUAUCAGAUCUUGCCUCUUGGAAGUUUUCAUUUGAUUAAUUAAUAAAAGUUUAGUUAAA